CCCAGCUGGAGUGACGCCACUUCCGUGACAAUAGGGUCAGCGUGACUGAUUUAUCAACAAUAACAAGAGCUGCGCGGAACAGUUUCGCGAUCAAAGUGCGAGGCUUCAGAUGACAUGACGUGGACAAACUGACGGUUAGGAGACGCGUCCUGUCCCGCGUCACACUGAGGAGCUGCUCCUUCAAUUGCUGUUAUUUCUGAAAACUGCCGUGAGGACGCUGAACAGAGCCCAGUCUCUUUGCUGUUUUGCAGCCACAUUUAAUGCGUUUGAGCCCUGACACUCAAAGGACAAAUAACUUUUGCAGUAAAAGUAAACGUUAGUUUAUGGCACAGCUGUGACCGUGGACCUGUGAGGACAAAUCGCACAGCAGUAACUGUGAAUCAACAGUUGUAUAAGGUGCGUGGUGUGAGCUGGUACAAUGGAAGCUUCUGAGACAGAAGGCCGCACCUUCAUGCAGGCGAUCAGUGAGAAGUACAGCCCAGAAAACUUCCCUUGCCGUCGGGGUCCAGGCAUGGGGGUUGUGGUUGUGCCGUCUAGACAGCAGGGAUCACCUAUGAAAGACCGUCUGAACCUGCCCAGUGUUCUGGUUUUGAAUGGCUCUGGAAUCAGUCAUGCAGGAGAAGAGGGAGAAAUUGCUGCCUUCUGUACUCAUGUAAUUGAACUUGAUCUGUCCCACAACAAGCUCCAAGACUGGCUUGAGAUCAGCAAGAUUGUUUCUAACAUCCCUAACCUGGAGUUCCUGAACCUCAGCUCUAAUCAGCUGAGUGAUGCAGUCUUGGAGCCGGACUGCGCAAAGGCCUUCUCUAGCAUCCGCCGCCUCGUUCUUAACAAUACCCAGGUGUCCUGGGAUACAGUGCACACAUUCACACAAGAGAUGCCUGAACUAGAGGAGCUGUUCCUGUGCCUUAAUGAGUACACCACUGUGACACCGGCCACCAUGCCCUGCCCCACACUGCGUCUGCUCCACAUCACAGAUAACAGUCUCCAGGAGUGGAGUGAAGUACGAAAAUUCGGCUCCAUGUUCCCUGCACUGGACACUCUGGUCAUGGCCAACAACAACCUGAACUCCAUUCAAGACUCAGGAGAAAUCCUUCAGCGGCUCUUCCCUAACCUUCGAAGCAUCAAUCUGCAUAACGCAGGACUUAAUCGAUGGGAGGACAUUGAGAAGCUAAACUUUCUGCCCAAACUGGAAGAAAUGAGGUUGCAAGGCAUUCCUCUACUGCAGGCUUACACGAGCAUGGAGCGUCGCAGUCUAAUGAUAGCCCAACUGCCGUCAGUGACCUCUCUGAAUGGGAGUGCCGUGACGGAUUGUGAGAGAGAAGAUGCUGAGAGAUUCUUCAUCCGUUAUCACUUGGAUCAUUCAGAGGAAGAGCUGCCUCACAGAUAUCACUGCUUGGUGACCAAAUAUGGGAAACUGGCUCCUCUGGCUGAGAUUGACCUGAGACCACGUUGCCACGCCAAGGUGGAGGUACGCUAUGAAGACAAAGUACAGCAGGUGAGCAUCCGUUUGGACAAGACUGUCGGAGAGCUGAAGAAGCAGCUGAGGACUGUUGUGCAGCUCCCCAUCAGCAACAUGCGCAUUUACUACAUCGACAAGGGUUCUGCCUUCGGCCCUGAUGAGUUGAAGUACAGCACACGGGCCUUGCACUCCUACAGCAUUCAAGAUGGGGAUGAGAUCUUGGUAGUUCCCAAAACAAAAUAACUGUCUUUCUCCAGGAUCACAAAAAGCUAUAUUUAAAUAACCAAAUCAACUGUAAACUAGCACCAUCUAAGCUCCAUAGAGUGAAUGGGACUGUCUUUUCAGGGAAAAACUCCUAAGAUUUGCUGGGGCUUCAGUUGUAUUCAAUCGGCACAUAGCGUGUCAUGUCACUACACAGUCAUAAGAAACACCAUGACUCAUGUGCACCUUUAGUUUUGUUGCUGUUGUUAAGGGUUUACUUUUUGUUUUCAGACUUCACAAGCACCCCUGUAUUUUCAAAAAUAAAGCACAGCGGAGGGCUCUGGCAGCCCAGGAUGUGCAGAUUUGAAGACAA